AUGAGGUUGCUGGCUGGAAUGACCCUUCUUCCGACUUUGUCUGCUAUGGUCGAAGCAGUGCAACCAUUGGCUGUGGUCUAUCGCGGAAACCAGGCCCCCCGCGAAGCCUCUGACAGUGUCGGCAAGCUUCUUACGGAUUCCGAGUACAAAUUUAAAGUGACCUACGCUGGACCGACAGAAGAAGUGGAUCUCAGUCCGGAACUUCUCUCGCAAGCCUCCAUUUACGCUUACCCUGGCGGGCCAGACGUUGACGACUCUUGGAAAGAACUCAAAGUGCAUGGAGACACAAUCAGGAACUUUGUGCUCGCUGGUGGCCGAUACGUGGGUUUCUGCUUGGGAGCUUACCUUGCCGGGCAUUCUUGGCUCAACCUUCUUCCUGAGGGUAUUGACGUUGACUCUGAGAUCGAGCGAGAUAAUGCCCAAGUCAAAGGCCCCGAGGACACCACGAUUCAAGUGGAUUGGACGUUCAAUGCUAGCACUGGAAAUCCCCACAUAGAGCAAGGUCGAUGGGCAUACUUUCAAGAGGGAGCAGUCGUCCUAGGCUUCAAGGGCGAUGAUCCGCGUGUUGUUGCCAGAUACUCGCAAAAUAAGGAUGUUGCUGCGUCGGUCACUCCGUACGGUAAAGGAUUUGUCGGCCUUGUCGGUCCGCACCCUGAAGCGGAUGCAACUUGGUACUCGGAUGCCGAAAUUACGAACCCAGAUGGAAUUCGAACAGACAUCGGAUAUGAUUUUAUCAAAUCGACCAUGCAAGGAAUCUCUAUACCCAGUAGCAAAAUUGGUAAUUAG